AUGAGAUCGCUGUUCAGCCGAAUGACUGCUCAACUUCGAAAAGGAACUCUAAAGGCUCCUAUGCUAUUAGAUAAAGAUGAAGUUCAUGAACUUGGGGAUGACAAGUCAUUUGAUAAAGAAGAUGAUGUGGAGCAGAAAAUUCGAAAGAAUGGUAAAGUGAUUAUAGACAAACUAGAAUCUUCCUCGCAUGAUUUUUCAGCUGGCGAUUGGAUAGCCGUUGACGACGGUCCAUCUUGGCUGCCUGCUGAGCUUUUACAAACUACGAAGGAUAGCCUCUACGUUAAUCUUUUACAAAAAAACGGCCGAAAGCUUUUACAAACAUCCACGAGAAGUACGCAAGAAUUCGGUUUCUAUUGA